AUGCACUUGAUCCGAUUAUUAUUGGUGAUUUCGUUCGUAACCGCAACAUUAGGGCUUUUCUCGCACACGUUCCUCGCCACGGCCAACGAGAUGUGCAAGAACCUGUCAAACGUCAACGAAGAUGUCAUAAAACAAAUUUUCGUCGGAACAAUUCCUCAAUCAUCGAAGGAGGUCAUGGAUUACGUGUUUUGCAUGAGCCGAGGCCUGAACAUACAGAACAAAUUCGGCGCGAUUUCCGCGAAGAAACUCAAGAAGUUCCUGCUCAAUUUCAAGGUGUUCAGGAAAAGUUGGGUGGAUAGAACGUUGGACAUUUGCCUGCAGCGCGAUUUCGACGGUCGCAGGAACGCUUUCGGUACGUUCACUUGCCUCAGGGAACAAUAUUUCAAACAGAAAUUGUUCGAGCACAAACCCUAUUUGUUCUACUUGAUGUAUUAG